AUGGCAACGACAGACCCCUCACUGCUUCCAGGCCAGCCUGUCGCUCCAGAUCAAGCACAAGGUGCUCAGAUCCCACUGCAAUCGUUCAAUGUGCCAGAGUUCCCGCCUGAGGCCCAAGGCCUCAAAGCCCUGACCCUAACCGCCGACAUCAAGAUGACCGAGUACCAAGAAGAGCUGGAAAAGAAGUCAUGGUCAAUACCACCUCUGCCUCAAUCGAUCGAGAGCUUAACGCUGGAGCUCUUCUCUAUGGGAUAUCCUGCCGGCUUCCUUACAGCAUUGGCACAAAGAUUACCCAACCUCAAGAGCUUGGUUGUAUAUUCGCAGCUGUUUGCGGGCAUCACGAACGAGAGCCAGAAAGACGCGAUUGAAGCGUUCAAGACCUGGAAAGACCUUAGAGCGUUGCAUCUACUGGAUGUCUUCGCAAAGCCGCAUUUCUUCGAAAACAUUGCCCCUUGGGUAACGUACAACACGUCCGAGAAAGAAGGCGAAGCCCGCCGCGGCCUCAUGUUCCUCGAAAUAAACUACACCUUCCGCCACACCGACGAAGACUUCAUGGGCAAGAUCCAAGCCCCCGAGCUCCCCCUCCUAAUUGGCCCCGGCCUAAUCUCCUGCUCCCUCAACCUCUCCGAGCCCGAGAGCGCCGAAGACGACCCCGACGACCCCACCAACGUCGAAGGGGAACCCGGGAAAGAGGGCAUCAUGGCGUUCAACAAGAGUCUCGCAGACCCGCUUGUUGAAGCCUUGACAGAUGAGAAGACGGCGCCGGAGGGGCUGAGGGCGUUGAACACGACGCUGUACACGCUGACUGCGGAGAUGUUGCAGAAGGUGUUGGAAGUGCAGAAGAAUACUAUGGUCUUGCAGGCUACGGCUGAGGUUGAGCCGGGGGAGGACUAUAAGAAGAAGUUGUUGAAGGCGUUGGAGGUUUGCAAGGACUUGGAACAGGUGGAGAUUAUUGCAAACCCUUCAUUGCAAUUCUUUAUGGAGGUGCAGAAUCCACGUUCUGGUGUCAUGGCCAAAACGUUCCCUGCCGCGGACGAUCUGGACACGCUCUCGAAGCAGUGCGAGAAGCUCUCUGGCUUCAAAGCGAAUGUGCUGCGUACCACCAGUAUGGGUAGUGUCGAGUGGGAGCGUAAGGAUGGAAAGUGGGAUGGUGGUGUACAAUUGGCCAACGGUGUCGUGGCCACGGGCCAGGUGUCGGUGUAG